AUGGCAACCAAAUUUGGUUUUAGACAAACCACUAGGAACAAAUCAAUGAAACAACACUUCAAAGUAUGUUUUUGUUUCAAUAGAAUGUUUAAGCUUAAGGUGGUUGAACCACCAAAGGAAAUCAACAAUAUUUUUUAUAAGUAUACACAAAAUGGUACCAUGAACAUGGAUGAACUAUGCAAAUUUUUAGUUCAUUUUCAAGGAGAAGAGAAUAAUGAUGCUACCAAAAAACAUGCUCAAGAUGUUUUCCAUAGUCUAAAGCAUCUCAAUAUAUUUCAAAGGAGAGGUCUUCAUUUUGAUGCUUUCUUUCGUUAUCUCUUUGGUGACCUUAAUGGUCCCCUUGUUGAUCAGGUGCACCAUGACAUGAGUGCUCCACUGGCUCAUUAUUUCUUGUACACAGGCCACAACUCCUACUUAACUGGAAAUCAAUGGAACAGUGAAAGCAGUACCACCCCAAUCAUAAAUGCUCUCAAAAAAGGAGUUAGAGUCAUCGAGCUCGAUUUGUGGCCAAAUUCAAGAGAAGAUGACGUCGAAGUUCGUCAUGGAGGGACUCUAACUUCUUCCGUGAAACUCAGAGAUUGUUUGAAUGCAAUUAGGGACAAUGCAUUUGAGGCCUCUGAGUAUCCUGUUGUAAUAACUUUUGAAGACCAUAUAACUCCACCUCUUCAACUCAAAGUCGCCAAAAUGGUGGAUGAUAUAUUUGGAGCUAGGUUGUUUCGGCCGAAUCAUUCACGUAAAAUGAAAAAAUUUCCUUCACCAGAAUCGCUGAAAGGAAGGAUUCUUAUUUCAACUAAACCACCGGAGUCUCCUGAAAAUCAAAGCCAAAAGUUACAACAAGAAGAAGUUGAGUCGAACGAGGACAAAGAUGAUGGAUCUAGAAUCAAUCAUAAGGAUGAAUCGGAUGAUGAAAGUGAGGAAGAAAAGAGUCUUGCGUAUAGAAAUUUGAUUUCUAUUCAUGCUGGAAAGCCGAAAGGUAAUGUAGAACAUUGGCUGUUGGAUCAUGAUCAAGUUAGGCGUCUUAGUUUGAGUGAGCAAGUUAUUGAAGAAAUCGCCAAAACUCGUGCAACUGAUAUUGUCAGAUUCACCCAACAGAAUUUGCUUAGAGUAUAUCCAAAGGGUUCGCGUGUGGAUUCCUCCAACUAUGAUCCUAUGAAUGGAUGGAUGCAUGGAGCUCAAAUGGUAGCAUUUAAUAUGCAGGGACAUGGACAUUAUCUUCGGUAUAUGGAAGGAAUGUUCAAAGCCAAUGGUGGAUGUGGAUAUGUCAAGAAACCUGACAUCUUAUUGGACAAUAAUAACAUAUUUGAUCCUAGAGUAAACCAACCAAUUCAGAAAACUCUGCAUGUUUUGGUAUACAUGGGUGAAGGAUGGCAUUCAGAAUUCGGCCAAACACACUUCGAUUUUUACUCUCCUCCUGAUUUUCGUGUUCAGGUUGGUAUUCAUGGUGUGCCAGCUGAUAUAGACACAAAAGUAACAAGGACAAUUGAAGAUGAGUGGGUUCCAGUUUGGAAUGAGGAGAUAAACUUUGCAUUAACUUGUCCAGAAUUGGCCCUAUUAUACAUCAAAGUUGUUGAACGUGAUUUUUCUGGACAACAUGAUUUUGCUGGACAAACAUGUUUACCUGUAUCAGAGCUGAGAGAAGGAAUUCGUGCUGUUCGCUUGUGUAAUCGUAAAGGUGAACCUUACAAGCAUGUUAGGCUUCUAAUUCAGUUUCGACUUUUUCAUCACUAG